GAGAAACAGACAGUUGUGUGCAAGGACGCUGACUUGGCAGGUGCUAUAUUUGCUCAAGGUGACACAGAACUGUCAUUGGUCAGGAACCGGAAAUUCUGCAGAUUAUGGAUUCAACUGGAGUGAUCUUGCUUUUUGCUACUCUUAUUUUUACAAGUUCUUGCUAUAUACAAGUACACCAACACUGGCGAGUUUCUGCCUCAGAGGGAAGCACAGCCAGGCUGGGAUGUUUUGUGCAAGGAGAAGAGAUUGAGAACGUCAAUAUUCAAUGGCUCCAGCAGAAACCAGGAAAAGCACCUAGUAACAUCCUCGUGCAUAGAAACAACUCAGUCACUCAACGGGCAGAACACUUCCCAGAACGAUUCCAAAUAGUCAAGAACAGCAGCCUCAAUGCUUACUUCCUCCACAUCCGGCAAGUGACCACCCAGGACAGUGCAUUGUACUGGUGCAUACUGACGAGGAACUUCAGUUACCCAGUUUUGGGGAGUGGAACACGCCUAAGUGUUUUCGGUGGAGAAGACGUUGUACCACCUUCUGUAACUCUACUAAGCAGUGGACAACCUAUAACCAACUCCUUCCCGAUACACAUCAUGUGUUUGGUCAGCAAUUUCUUUCCAGAAAUUAUUGAGGUCACUUGGAAACUGAAUGGCCAAAAACUCAAAGGGGACAUCUCUAUAGGACCUCUGAUCUUAGCAGAAGACAAUUUCUAUAGUAUGACUACUAUCCUAGAGAUGCCACACCACCAUAUGAAAAAUCUCACUUCCUUGUCCUGCGAAGUGCGUCAUGACUCCUCUCGGACUUUAAUCUCCAAAAAUCUCUAUGAAUGUCUUACAGAAAUCUAAACUCAAAUUCAAAUUCAUGGACAUAAAGCCUAAACGAUUAUUACUUAGAACUUUCUUAUGAGGCUUCCGGAAUGUACUGAACCACCAAGGAUACUUUCAACAUUGAGACACUUGAUUUUCAUUUUGCUAAGAAUAUGUUUACAACUUAUUCCUGUGCACACAAUGAUCAGACCACUGAAUAAAAGGAAUACUCCUAUAUCUACAAAAAUGUAAAGUAUACAAACUAUGGAUACAAGUAUAUUACAAAUAUAGCAGCAGAAUAAAAGGAUGUAAACUACUGGAACUAUGAAUUACCACCU